ACAGGCGGCGGCGGCAGGGUCAGCUCUCGCUCAUCCUCACCGCCAGCCCCGUAAGGAGGGAAUGUGGCGUCCGAGUGCAGCCGCAGCUCCUGCACGACUCCUCUCUGCCCAGCAGCAGCAACCACCUCCCCCUGUCCUCCCUUCGCUCCCGCCUCCGCCUCCUCCUCCUACUUCUUCUCCUCCUUCUCUCCUGCCUCCUCCCCCUCAGCCUCCGCCUCCUCCCGGGGAAGGCCGGCCUGGCCCAGCCCGGCCCGGCCUGGCCUGGCUCGGCUCGGCUCGGCUCGGUUCGGCUCGCCACCGCUCGGCUCCGCUCCGCUCUGCUCCCUGCCCUGCCUCUCCUCGCCCCCCGCCGCUCCCCUCCACUCCAGAAUGUUCAGCCGAAACCUACAGGGCCCCGCCCCGUGGGCGGCUCAAAGGCGACGGCCCCGCCAGGCGGCCCCGCCGAGCCGCCGCAGCUCGGCCGCGGUGGUCGGGCGCCGGCGUGGUUCCUGUGGGAGCGGCUGCGGGGGAGCGGCCGCCCGGGAGCACCCGCCCGGGAGCACCGCGCGGCCUUUUCCCACAGGCACGUCCCCGGCAGCCGCACAAAGUGUCGGAGCCUCCCAGCCCUCCUCUCGGGGAGGCGCCCGGGCGAAGCGAACGCCCCGAGCCACCCGCGGUUCCCACCGGGUGCGGGCGCGGCCGCGCGGUGCGUGUGCCCCGGAGUGCAGCGCUGCCCUGACCGCUCCGUGGGCUGCUUGGAAAUCUAUGUAGCGCGUCCAAAUAUGUGCUCAUACACGUGAGGGAAAACAACGUGUGAAAUACUAUAGCACAGGCAAACUUCAGGCUGGAUAUUGUCACGUUCAAAACGCCUUGUGGUUACGGCAGAUAAACUACUCUUGUGGUGCUCUUAUGGUGAAUAGGCCAUUUUAUGCAGCCCCUUGAUAUGUCAUCCAGUGAAAGGAAGGGAUUGACAAAGCCAGCUAUGUUUGGACCUUUCAAACAGAGGACAGUCCAGAGGAAAAUAACAAAAUAUUAAAAUAUAAAGUAAGAGCUUUCAACACACCAUCGAAGUACAUUUUCUUCCCAUAUAUUUACAGCACAAAUGAACAUUGGAAGUGUUACCUGGGGGAAGGUAAGUCUUGGCAAUUGGAGUUUGGGAGAAAUAGCAUUGUGUUGGGCAAGAGUAAAACCAAGACUGGAAUUUCGUAGAUGAUUGGAUGUGUCUGAGAAAAUGAGUAGCAUUAAAAUAGCUAGGAAUGUUAACAUGUAAAUAUAAUUGGUGAGUUUCAGAGUUAAUUACUGGUGUCACUAAGGAAAUCACUGCACCUCUUAAAGUUAUUUUUCUGCAGUCUCAGGAAAGAAAACAAUUAUUAUACUUGACAUAUACAUUCAAGGAUAUCUUUACUAUGACAGCAUAAUUACUUUUUUAUUUCUGCAUGAAUUAAAGUUUAGGUUCUAAAAAGCAGUUCUGUUUCUUUGGUAGCCCAAGAACUAGAGUUACUCCUCUCAAAACCAUUGGACACAUAUGACUUCUUAAGAUCAUUUUACUUUAUGCCAUACAUAUAUGAGAUUUUUGAUCAAGAAGGGCUGAGAGAAGGGUUUAGAGAAGAAAAAAUGCACACUGCUUGUAAAGAGAGAGCAGAAUUAACAACAGAAAAUGCGUUUUAAAAGGGCAUACUUGAAAACAGAUCUGAAGAGGGCAACCUGCAAGAAAGAAGAGGUUUCUUAAGGUUAAGCUUUUAUAUUACUCCACUGUGCAAUAUAAGUGCACCCAAAGUGACAGAUACCUAUCCAAUAGAAACAGUUAUUCAAUUGAGAGAGGAAAAAUCACACACAGAAGUGUUUCAGUUUCUCUGUGUCUCUAUUCCUCCAACUACAGCCUGUUUGUUUUCCCCUUUUAUUGAUAACCUUUCAUGUUAGGAUUAUUUUAGCAUCAUUUUGCUAUAUUUGGUUAAUUUUUUGUCAUUUGGGAAGUAGUGGUAAGGUCAAAGAGGACUAUAAAACAAUGCACGUUCUUAUGAGACUAGAAUUAAGGUUCCAUUAGCAAUUUCAACUUUUUAUCUUGAAUGCUGAUGGCCUAAUAAACAACAUUUAAUAGUUUUAGAAAUGUAGCUUUUAAAUGCAAGAAUAUUAGAGUGUGGGUGAGUUUUUAUAGUCCCACAUAUCCCAAGGUGAAAAAGGCUGGAAAGGUGAAGGGAAGAAAAGAUUCAGAAAAUUAAUUCAGAAUAGGGCUACGCUAUCUGAAAAUGCUUUGCACACUCACAGGAUCUUGUUGCACCGUAUAGAUGAUUUUACAAAUCUUUGGGAAAUGUCACUUUGGACCUGACUCAGUGUUCCUCUGCCAGACUCCUCUAACUAAAGAAUGUUCGGUUCCUCUGUUUUUAACAUAGUUUACUUCCCGAUUAGAGCAAUGUAAACACUCUCUUCUUACUCUUACAGGUGGUUUUUAAUUUAUAUUGUUCUGGAAGGAGAGGAUAAGGAAUGAUUUUAAAGUAAUUGAGCUUAAAACAAAUUUUAGCCUGUUAACUUUUUUCAUCAGUCAAAUUUCAUGGCCACUCUGGCUAUUUGCUAUUCCAGUGUAGUCAUGACCUUAGCAACAGAAAUUUAAAUAAUUAACAUAAAAUCUGUGGCAAAAGAUGAAAGUGCUGGUGUAGUUGUGAUUGCUGGGAAGAUUGUUGUUAUAAUCUGAUGAUCUACCACAAUAUUAAAGCAUUUUUGGUGGGGAUGACCUCAUGCAAAGAGGUACAUUUCAAACCUGCCUAUUAGGUAUUGUAUAUGUGAUGGUAUUGUAGCUGUGUGUAGAGCUACUAAAAUGGAUUUAAAUUCAUUGUAUUUCUAGUGCACACAGGUAAAGCACAAAUAUGGGAAGAUCAGAAAAGCUGGAACUAGACGAUCUUUAAGGUUAAUUCCAACCCAGGAUAUUCUAUGAUCCUAUAAAAUGGUGAGGCACAACUGAAGGUUAUUAACUUUGAAAAGUCUCUUUAUACAUGGCUAUGCAUGGUGACAGUGACACUGGCAAGAAAGUUAGAAAAGCAGUCCAGUUUUAUAUCUGUAUUCUGGGAGGAGCAUAUAUAAAGUAGUUAGAUUAUGGUGUAGAGUUUUAUGAAGUCUUACUGGUUCAGUUUGAUGUGACCUGUACAGCUCAGGCACAGAAAAGUCACACAGAAACUACUGAAGAUUUUUGCAACACACUCCACCUUUGCCCACACCCCCUUUCACCCCAAUUCUGCUCUAUACAGUGUGUGAGCACAAACACAGCCCCGGUAUUUGUAAUGUUUUAUAUUAUUUUUCUCUGAGACAGCCGCUAUUUAUAUAUAUAUGUAUAUAAAAUCUUCCUUAAUCUAAGACAUACAAGUUUUUAUAUCUUUCUUCUGCCUGGAAUUUUCUGGUCUUCACAAUUUUAUUUUCUUCUAACUUCUGCAUUGAGAGACACUCCAUAAAACCAAAAGAAGUGGCUAUAGAGUAUUUCUGCAUCAUUGAGGAAUCUCCCAGUAAAAAUCCUAUGCAUGUGUUCUUGCUCAUGCAUACCUGAAGAAGAAUUAUGCUUAAACCUUUAGCUUGAGAGAGCCUUCCAAAUAGUACUCCUACUUUCAGGUUUAAAUUUCCAGGGAACCCAACAGAUUUGAACACCUAGUUCUCAUUAAUUUUUUUAUGGGAACUGGACAAACCUAUCCCACAGGCACAUUGGCAAACACUAGGCUUGCAUUUCAUCUAUUUCAUUGCUCUUUCUUGGAAAGCAUGAAAUAAAAAUGAAACAAAGUAAAAAUAGGAGAAUUAGAAAGAGACUUACUUAUAUAUAUAAUUGUUUUUAAUUACAAAUAUCCGGAGAGCUGCCAGAAAGUAGAGUAAGAGGUGAAGUUCUGGGACAGAAACUUCUUGUUUUCCCAAACCCAUGGAGGUACUCUUCAAACAUAUAAUGUUCAUCCAUGGUUAGUGUUGAAAAAAAUGAGUCUGAAACGUAUACGUGGUAUGCUAAUGAGAACAUAUCUAUAUAUCUGUAUAUCUGCAUCUAUUUAUAUGUCUAUCUAUCUAUCUAUAUGUACAUAUGGACUAACUGAGACAAUGGAGAUUAGAUUUAAAUUAAAAAAAUGUUAUGAUUAAUUCUUUGAGCCAAGUUCCAUUGUACCAACUCUACCUUGUCUGGGAGAUCAAAUCUGUAAGUUUAUCAUUUUUUAUUAACCAAAUAAGGGAACUAGUCUAGUCUUUAAUUAUCAUUAAAACUUUGAGACUGGAGCUCAAAUUUAGUUGUAAUUUUUCUAUUUUUAUGCUGUUUGUGCUUCAUUUUUUUUAUCUACGUGAUGUUAACCUACAUACAGUUGUAGUGUGUAAGUCUAUCUACCAGAUAGGUGGAGAGAGACUUUCUUACAAGGACAUGUAAUGAUAGAAUAAGGGGGGAUGGUUUUAAAUUGAAAGAGAGUAGCUUUAGAUUAGAUAUUAGGAAGAAAUUCUUUACUGUGAGGGUAGUCAGGCACUGGAACAGGUUGCCCAGAGAAGCUGUUGGUGACUCAUCCCUAGAAGUGUUCUAGACGAGGUUGGAUGGGGCUUUGAGCAACCUGGUCUAGUGGAAGGUUCCCUGUCCAUGGCUUGGGGGUGGAACUAAAGGAUCUUUAAGGGCCCUUCCAACACAAACCAUUCUAUACUUCUAUGAACUCUAAGCUUCGUAGUUGUUUUUCUUCCUUAUAUAAUGUAAUUCUGAGAAAAGCUUAUCAUUGGAAUAUUCAAAAACUAAAAUUUAAGGGUUAAAAAUCUAAAUAUCCACAAAUCACAUAAAUGAUUAAUAGUCUGAAGAAAAUAGAUGAGGAAUUCAAAUACAUCUGUACGUACAUGAUAAUAUAGAAAACAUUCAGGGACCAUAAGUAAUUAUCAGAUGACUUAUGAAUCUAUUCAGAUUCAUAAAAAACUUGUAAAGUUUCAGUAAGUGUUUUGCAAAUAACUGAUGAAUUAAAAAUCAUUUGCUUAAAAAGUUUAGCUCCAAAAAAUGUGUAAAGCAGACAGAAUAAUUUCUAGCAUUCAGGUGAGGAUUCAGCUUGACGUGCUGUAAAGUGAUACUUUAAUUGUUUUCAAUGGGACUAAUUUUUACUGCCAAAGGACCUGUUUCAUAAAAUCUGUAUUUAGGCUAAAUAAUUUCCUGCCGCCUGGUACAACCAAAUACUUUGAUAAUUCAUCAGAGACCAGAUUAAUGUCUAUGUGGUAAGAGAAACACCAAUAACCUUGAAAAUUAAUAUUGUUUUAUUUUUCAUAAUAUGAAUUUCAGGUAAGUGCAAAGUCUAUGGAACUUAGGUCUUCAGUCUAAUGAGAUUACUUCAGUAUUCAAAAGUGAUUGUGCUAUACAGUUCCUUGGAUGUUUAUUAUCUUUUUUCCUUUUAAUUCAUAAUGAUAUAGUUAACAUGGUUUGCCAAGACAUGCCACAUAUGCUUAACUUUUUUCUUUAAAAUAUUAUGACUGGACACUUACUUUUCCAACCCACAGGAAUUUCAAGUUAUUUGACAGUACUUCAUACAAUGACAUUUGGCAUCAUGGUAUCAAACUGGCACCUAAGGAUCUCCAUUUUCCUAACGAUUCAUAGGAUCAAAACAGUUCACAAUUUGUGUUUUCAAGAUCUGAUGGUUCAGUUCCAAAUUUUGCAUAACAUUGAUUGUAGGUUUUAGCUGAAUGCUUUGUUCCCCACCAAAGCAUUUUGUUACCAUGACAAAACAAAUAUUUCUAUUUGACUUGGUACAUUCACCAAUCAGUUUAAUAUAUUUUUUUCAUGUAGGGUAGCAGGGAUUUAAGUCUGAAAAUGUGGCAUAAUGCAUGACUAGGUGAUUAAAAAAAUAUUUUUUCUUAAUGUGAAGUUUUUAGAAAUCCAGCUCCCUAACAGUAUACUGUCAUGUUAAUUUUAUGCAGUUUAGAUUAAAUUAGGGCCCCCUGGUGGUCUAGUGGUUAGGAUGUGGCGCUCUCACCGCCGCGGCCCGGGUUCGAUUCCCGGUCAGGGGACUUCCCCGGGCAGAUGGAGCUCGUCAGCCCUGUAAGGCCAUCCGUCUAAGAGAAGGUCACUCUAAACAAACCUAUGUCCUGAGGACCUCGCUGCCACCAUCCAAGCUCGCUCGGCCCUGGCAGAUGAACCUCAGGAUUAAAGGGUGGGCUCAGUUCAGCGCACACUGUGUCUCACCUAAAAAAUCCACUGCGCAGGCUCGAAGGGUAAUGACCUUUCCAAAUCUCCAUUCACGAAGACUGGCCAUGAUGAUGAGAUUAAAUUACCAGAAGUUGAAAAAAAGAUGACAAAGUUCAGUGUUUGAUAGUUUCGUGUCAAACUGAAAAGAUGGUGUAUGUCUGUCCCACUUGACCCAUUCAGGGAAACAGCUUCUCUGAAGGUCUAUUCCAUAUUUUCAUUAAUAACUUAAAUGAAAUAAAGGGCGUAGCCACGCAAUUGACAAAUGACACAAUAUUUGUAGAGUUUGCAAGUAUUCUGGAGAUCCUCAUAGGUCAGAGAAAAGUUUCCAAAUCUGAUUAAAUUUAAUAAUGACAUAUACAAGUACCACGCUUGGCAAUGAUGUUAUAUGGGCAGUUAUAAAAGGAGGAAGAGCAAUGCAAGGAAGAAUACAGAAAAGUACAGACGUGCCAUAAUCUGAAUUAAAGUUUAUAAGAUGUUGCCAAGAAACGUAAGUGUCGUUCUGGGAAUGGUUCAUGGAAAAUUGACAGCUCUGAGUGAUAUUUUUACUUCUUUCCUCAGUCUUGGCAAGGCUUCAGCUAGAAAUUAGGUUUGGGCACCAUUCUCUCAGAGAAAACAAUCAGAAAAGAGCAACAAAGUGAUCAGAGAUUUAAAGACACAUGAGAAAAGUUUUUGUCUUGAACUGAAAAUUGGAUUUGUAUACUCUAGAAAGGAUGGUGCAGAGGACAUGGUAAUGAUCUCUAUGAAAAUGUGCAGGUAUUAUAAAAAGAAUACAUUUAUCCACCAUCACCGUGGGAUAAAUUUGACUGAAUUAAAACCAAGACAGUUAAAAAGUAAGUUAAAAAGUAAGUUAAAAAGUUGAAAGCUAAAAAGUAACAAUGAUUCAAGUUACUCCUACCUGAAAGCAGAGUAGAUUGACCAAAUGACUGACACAUUGAAUUACCUUUUUAAGGAAUUACUAGUAAACAAUGGAAUCAACCUUAGAAAAAUAGCAAAUUGAUAUUUGGUCUGGAUUUAAAUAUGUAUAGAAGCUUUUGUUGUGGGGUUUUUUUCUGUGGGAAGAAUUUUUACUACUUCGAGCCCUUCAGAAUGAAAAUAGGACAGAGAAAUACCUGCAUUUCUGCAGUACACAGAUGUGAAGUUUUGUGGGGUUUUGUGAAGUGCAUUAGUGUGCUGACUAAUGGGACUACUCCUUGAAACGCUAGUUUUCUCUCCUUUCAUUUUUGCUGACAGAUGAUACAUUUUUCUGUAGCUCUUGGAACUAAAAGCUUUUCAUUUAAUGAUUAAAAAUGUACUUGCUUGGAAUACCAUGAGCUUGCCAUUCUGAGAACAUGAUGACAAUAAUACGAUUGUGAUGUAAUUACAGCAUGUACAGCCUUGGGAAGUGAUCUCAUUUUCUGAAAACCAUAGGUCUGUGUAACAAUUACAGUACAGUCUCUAAACUUGCAUUUACAGACGGGAAAAGGGAAAAGUUUUUAGGCUAUGCAGAUGCCAAUAAUCAGACUGUAGUUAUGUUUUAGGGCAUCCUGCUGCCCUUUUCAAAACAUGAACUUGAGGGUUCUGAAUUGUUAAAAAUACUGACCACAAGAGCUUAUUUUCUAGAUGAUUUUCUCAGUAUUGGAAUAUAUUCCAUUUGCCAUUUGGAGAGGGAAAAAUGCAAGAGCAGAAGCACUUCUGAACCUUGGUCUACAUUAUUGAAGACCACUGUUAUGAAAGCAACUGUAAAGAGAUCAUUUAAAGUCGAGUAGUGAUACUGCUCACCAUGUCA